AUGACGAUUGAGACUCUGAGCGUGAUUGAGAAGAUGAUUUAUGAUCAGAAGAAGACUUUGACGUACCAGCAAGUGAUUCCCCAGUCUGAGAUGAUAUCGCAGGGUGUGGAUCUGCCAAACCUUGCGUUGAACAAGCCCACAGACCAGAUCUCAACAUUUGGAAACUAUACAUCUGACCUGGCUGUUGACGGAACAAAGAACACCAAUAUCAGUGCCGGAAGUUGUUCUCACACCAAUCGUAGCUGUCUAUCGCCCAUAUCUUGGUGGCAGGUAGAUCUUCAACAGAUCAUCUUGUUCCUAACGGUGUCGGUUACCAACAGGGGAGACUGUUGCCAUGACAGGUUAACCAACUUCAGUGUGGAGGUCCAUAUUAGUGACCCCAGGACCAGCACUGACUCUGGCCACCAACUCUGCUAUUGGCAUGAAGGCACAGUAGGCAAAGGUCAGACGGUAGACAUGGACUGUGCCGUCAACACUAUUGGACGUUACAUGAGAAUAGUCAAGUACUGUUUCUAUGACAAGCCUUUAACUUUGUGUGAAGUCGAGAUUCAUCUGUCGGGUUCAGUCGUCACACUGCAAUGGCAAGGCAGCCUCACUACAUCAUCGCCAGGUAUGAAAAACAUCGGGAAAAUCGAGGUGUGCCAGCAGGUGUCUCAGAAAGGCUUCCUGCAACGCCUUCAACUUCGGGCUACCGUCCAUGGGCGUGGUCAGAUGCGAGAUGCUGGCUGUGGCACAUGA